CAAUUCAGUACGCACCACGCUUACUUUAGCAACUACGGCGCCUUUAAUUUUCUUCUUCUUUUAAUCAUGGCUUCCCAUAAAUACACAGUUUCAAAUGUUUGCUCAGAUUUCCUUUCCUUCAGUUGAAAGCUGAUACUUACCUUUUUCUAUCGAGUGUGAGAACUUGCUGCAUUUUCCCCAUUUGUCCCUUUUUCGCGUUCUUCUGUCUCCUUCUGUGUCUGCGCGUCUCAGUUGAACUGGUUUUGAUCAGAUCACUCUCUGUCGCAGCAUUUUCAAAACCAAAGCUGGCUGCAACGGAUUCACUUUGUGAGGUUUGCAUAAGGAGUACUAUAAUUCUACAAAUUUGCUAUGAGGGAGCGCCAUGUGGAUAUGUACACAGCUUACAAACGUGCGUCAUCAAUGGACUAUGUCAGUGAUUAUGACACGGAAGAUGGUUCAGCACAUUUGCUGAAUGGAUUAGGAAAAGAAAUUGGGAACCCUUCCUGGAAGCGUCCUUUGCCACAUAUACUUGUGGGAACUAUCUCUUCUCUCUUAUUUGGCUACCAUCUAGGAGUAGUUAAUGAGACACUAGAAAGCAUGUCUUUAGAUCUUGGCUUUAGCGGAAGUACCAUGGUUGAAGGUCUAGUGGUCAGUACGUGUCUAGCGGGUGGUUUUGUGGGAUCUUUAUUCAGUGGUUGGAUUGCCGAUGGGGUGGGGCGCCGCAGAGCAUUUCAGCUGUGUGCUUUACCAAUGAUAAUUGGAUCUGCAAUGAGCGCAUCAACAAAAGAUCUGUGGGGCAUGCUACUGGGAAGGCUCUUUGUUGGAACUGGGAUGGGUAUUGGGCCACCAGUUGUGGCUCUCUAUGUGACAGAGGUUUCACCAACUUACGUAAGAGGUGCUUUUGGGAGUUGCACUCAAAUUGCUACGUGUAUUGGAUUUUUGGGGGCUCUAUUUAUUGGUAUCCCAGCCAAGGAUACUGUUGGCUGGUGGCGUAUAUGUUUCUGGGUACCUGCCAUUCCUGCAGCAGUACUUGCUCUUUUCAUGGAGUUUUCUGCUGAGAGUCCUCAUUGGCUUUUCAAGAGAGGAAGAGGUGCUGAAGCUGAAGCUGCGUUUGAGAAACUUUUAGGAGUAUCACAUGUAAAAUUUGCUAUGGCAGAAUUGUCAAAGUCGGGCUCAGGAGAUGAGGUGGAUACUGUGAAGUUUUCAGAGUUACUUUACGGCCGCCAUUCUAAAGUGCUUUUCAUUGGGUCUACCAUUUUUGCUUUACAACAGCUAUCGGGCAUAAGUGCAGUGUUUUAUUUCUCAUCAACUGUCUUCAAAAGUGCGGGUGUUCCUUCAGACUCUGCAAACAUAUGUGUAGGAGUUGCAAAUUUAUUCGGAUCAAUUGUUGCAAUGCUUUUGAUGGACAAAUUGGGAAGAAAGCUUCUCCUUCUUGUGAGUUUCACAGGGAUGGCAGUGGCCAUGAGCCUUCAAGCAAUGGCUGCAACUUCCUUCACAUCUAGGUCGGGAGCACUAUAUCUAUCUAUUGGAGGCAUGCUUCUGUUUGUCUUGACAUAUUCUCUUGGUGCUGGAUCAGUACCUACCGUCCUUCUAUCAGAAAUAUUUCCAAAUCGGCUAAGGGCAAAGGCAAUGGCAAUAUGUAUGGCCGUGCAUUGGGUGGUAAAUUUCUUUGUAGGUUUGUUGUUCCUCCGUUUGCUGGAGCAACUUGGGGCACUACUUCUUUAUGGGAUCUUUGUUUCCUUUUGUUUGAUAGCAGUAAUUUUUGUGAAGAGGAAUGUACUGGAAACAAAAGGAAAAUCACUCCAAGAAAUUGAGAUUGCACUUCUUCCACAGGAAUAGAGGGGUUACUGGUAUAGAGGUAGCUGGGAAACAAAAGUACAGAGGUGGCUGAAUUGAAGGUUCACAUAUCAAUUACAUCUAUAGUGCCUGCAUUUUGGAACCAUUUGAAAGACAUGGUUCGGCAGUGUUGCGCACCCAGACAUUUUUGAAGAUAAUCACCACUUGGCUGCCAUGGAAGGGCUCUGUAUUCAGUUGAUCAUUUACCUUAUGGCCUUGAAUAUUUGAUGUAAUAUUUAACAAUUUGAGAAUGACAAUAAUAUUCUAGUAAAACUGUCUCAAUUUUUCAGCCCCAAAA